CGCUCAUAUAUCAGUAUAAAAGUAAAAUGUUCCUUAUACGUGACCUGAUAAGAUAUGUAAUAAGGUAAUUGUUAAUGAAAUAUGGGAUCAAAUGGAGUAUUAGCACUUUUACUUGUAUGUCUGCAUGUAAACAUCUCAUGUAGCUUUUUAUUGAGUAACAAUGACGAGUAUCAAGUUUGGUUGACAACUGGCGAUCAGACGAAAAAACUUUCGAGAGAAGCGCCAUGUCCAGUAACUUCACAACACCAUGGUUACAGUGUUUGGGUUGAUAGAAAUAAACGUAGGCAGACGAUUGGCGGUUUUGGAGCCGCUUUGACUAAUUCAGCUGCAUAUGUUAUAUACCACAGUCCAAUUAGAAAUAAGAUAAUUACUGAAUUAUUUGGGAGUGGAAUUAACGACUUAGGUAUAAGCUACCUUCGACUACCAAUGGGAAGUUCAGACCUAAAUGCUGUUGAUCCAUAUACAUAUGAUGAUAUGCCGAAUGGACAAACGGAUUUCAAUCUUAAUCAUUUCAGUAUCGAUAAAGACAAAGCAUUCAUCAUUCCAGUGCUUAAAGAUAUUCUAGCAGUUAAUCCGAACCUAAAACUAAUGGCAACACCAUGGUCUGCCCCUGCAUGGAUGAAAACUACAAAAAAUCUUUUUGGCGGUGAAUUCAUAAACGACAGUAGAUAUAUGCAAACAUAUGCUCAAUACUUUAUAAAAUUCUUUGAAGCGUAUAAGGUAGAGGGAAUAACAUUUGAUUCGUUUAGUGUCCAAAAUGAGCCUCUGUUAUCAAAGAAUGAUUACCCUACCAUGAUCAUCAAUAUAGAUCCUAUGAAAGCGUUCAUUAAGGAUCACCUUGGCCCGUUGCUAAGACAGAAGAACAUUAAAUCUAAGCUGCUCCUGUGGGAUUACAAUUGGUCCGGAUCUUGGUACCCAGAAGCCGCUCUUAAUGAUGGAAAUGUUGCGCAGUAUGUAUCAGGUGUAGCGUGGCAUGGCUACUAUGGACGCCAUGAUGCCCCAGAGGCAUUCCAUAAUAAACAUCAACAUGUCGAUAUGUAUUUCACGGAGUACUCCGGUGGAGGAUGGAACAAAAAUUAUGCAGAUGUUCUCACGACUGAAACGAGACUCAUUUUUAUUGGACAAACAAAAUCAUGGGCUAAAAACGUGUUACUAUGGAACUUGGCACUAGACGAACACUAUGGACCAAAGAAAAACGUGGGAGGUUGUAAUGACUGUCGUGGUGUUAUAACCGUUCCUACAGGAAAACAUUCUUAUACGAAAAAUGUCGAGUACUAUGCUAUGGGACAUAUGAGCAAGUUUGUUAAGCCAGGUGCCGUCCGACUAGAAGCUAAUUACUUCAACUGGGACGAUCUUCAAUGUGCAGCAUUCCAAAAUCCCGAUGGCAGUACCGUAAUAGUGGUUCAAAAUCCAAACACGAGCAAGUCAGCCAGUUUUUCUUUGGACAUAGAUGCCAAACAUUAUCAGUACAAUAAUCUUCCUCCCCAAUCAGUUGUAACAUUUGUUAAAUAGGAACGUUAACAACUGUGUUUCAUAUUUAAUUCUACAUUAAAUAUAUAUUGUUUCAUAUUUAAUCCUACAUUAAAUAUAUAUUGCAUGCAGUACCUUUAAACUUGAUUGUUAGGCUCCGCCUACUUAGUGUACUGACCAAUUG